ACAAAGCUUGUGUUCCGUCUUCCUUGUACUCCCGCAGAGAGGCUCAGCUCAACUCAGAGAGCAAUCUGGAUUCUGAACAGAGAGGACGAAGACGAAGAAAAAUGGGAAGCAGACUCGGAAGAAGAGUAGUUCACUUCGCUAACCUUCCCAUCAAGCUUCUCAUGCCCACUACUUUCAACAACAUCAGAGAAAUCGCUCUCAAGACCAUUCCUUCCGCUUCCAAGAUCGAAAUCAAGCGCGUUCUCGAAUCCCUCUACGGAUUCGAGGUCGAGAAAGUCCAAACCCUAAACAUGGAGGGAAAGAAGAAGAAGCGUGGUGGCUUGUUGAUCGCGAAGCCCGACUACAAGAAGGCCUACGUUACUCUCAAGAACCCGCUUUCUAUCUCGCCGGACCUUUACCCGAUUCGGAUUAUCGAGGAGGAGAAGCGGCAGAUGAGUAAGCAGUCGAAAUCCAGUGUGGUAGAGGAAGGAGAGACCAAGAGGCAUUGGCUUGAUGGGAAGGAGGACCAAACUCAGACUCAGACUCAGAGAUACAGGCUCGGGAGGUUUAGGCCCGAGAGGGUUAGGCCCGAAAGGGCUUCUUCCGUCAGUCGCGGAGAGAGUGAGGCUAAGUUCCCAUGGAGCAGCAUGAGGUCUUCUGGUGCUGGCGCUAGGUAGUUUUUUUUUCUUUCUUUUUUAUGGAAAUUUAAAGAAACGGUUCUUAUAGUUUUCAGAGGUUCUGAAGUCGUUUAUGUUAUCUGAGUUGAGAUAAUGAAUUAUUGCUAUGUAAUAACCUUUCUUGGUGGAUUUUUGUUUUGUAAGAACACAGAGCAUUUGUUGGCUCUUUAUGAAUGAUAGUUUUCCUUGAUUGAUUUUA